AUGUCGACGGCUACAUCAUUUUCAGAAGAACAGAAACAAAUCACACUUACAGUCCUUUCUAAGGAUAAAAGCGAAUUCUAUGAAAUAUUACAAGUGGAGAAGACAGCGUCUGACAAUGAAAUAAAGAAAGCAUAUAGAAAACUAGCUAUUAAAUUACAUCCAGAUAAAAACUCUCAUCCCAGAGCCAGUGAGGCAUUUAAGGUGAUAAAUAGGGCCUUCGAAGUCCUUGGAGAUGAACAGAAAAGAAGUAUAUUUGAUAGUACAGGAAGAGACCCAGAUGAUAGAUCUAUGGGGAUGAAUUCUUCUUCUGCUUCUGGGUUUGGUCAACCUGGAGCUGGUGGCCAAUUCCCUCCAGGAUUUCAAAAUAUGUUCUUUAGAGGUGGUCCUCCUGGUGCUACAGGUGGUGCACCAGAGGACAUAUUUGAUUUCUUAUUUAAUAUGGGUGGUAACCCUGGAGGAUUUGGUGGUAACCAUCCUUUUAUGAAUAGUGGUGGUGCAACUUCUUUCACAUUUGGUCCAGGUGGCUUCAGAGCAUAUAACCCUCCAAGAACAAGAGACCAAAGGAAUAGACAAAGAGAAGCACAACGCCAGCAUGAUGAAGAACAAAAAUACAACGAUAUACUUAGAGUACUUGCUCCAAUCUUAUUAUUUUUCAUUAUUGGUGUAUUUGAAAGAUUUUUGAGUUAA